AUGAAUAGUAGAACAGAAUUUAAUAAUAAUCAUCGUGCAACCUACACAAAUCGUACCUAUGUACAUUAUCCCGUUAAUAUUUGCGAAAAUUUAUUAUACGAUAUUCACGAAUUUACAUCAUCAUCUGCAUCAUCCUAUAGUAAUUAUAAUAAUAACUAUGAUAAUCCACUCACUCUUCUAUCAAAUGAUAAAGAUGUUGUUAAAUAUGAUAAUCUAGCUGUUGAACAAAGUUUGAAUACAACUGAUGAAACAAAUAGACUAUUUACAAAUAAACGAACAUGUUCAACUGAAUCACGUAGUACACAACCAAAUUCUUCACAAAUAUUUUUCUAUUUUCCUCGAUGGUUAUUGAUAUUAUGUGCAUGCAUAAUAUCAUUGUUAUUAUUAUUUCUAAUUGGACUCGGGAUAUUUCUAUUGAAUAAAUUAAUGAAACCGGUUAUUAUUAAUGCUACAGUGAAUAAUCAUUAUCAAGUAACAAAUAAUAUUUCAAAUAUUACUAGUACACCAAUGUUAACAAUUAGAACUCAUCGUUUAGUCUAUAAUACGCCUAAAACUGCUUUACAUAUGCUUGUUUCACCAUCGCUUUACAUGCUUCGAGCAACAAUAACAAGAAAAGAAAAACAAUGUGGUCCUAAUAAGUGGGGUAUAAAUUGUGAAGAAUGUAAACCGUGUGGAAAAGGUUAUUGUCAUCCGAAAACUGGACAAUGUGUUUGUCCAUCAGAAAUGUUUGGACCCUAUUGUGAUCUUUGGCGAUUGAAUGAUAAACCAAAUCGUGGUGAUAUGAACUAA